UCCCAUGGAGGAAGAAAAAUCCCCCGCCCCUCUCCUCCACCUCCCCACCAAACUUCCCGAUCACCGGAACCUCUCCGACCGCCCCUCCCAACCACCCGCCGGCGGGUGGAAAGCUGCAAUCUUUGUCAUAUUCGUCGAGGUCGCCGAGCAAUUUGCUUUCAUCGGCUUGUCCAGCAAUCUCAUCAUGUACUUCACCACCGUCUUCCAUGAACCCACCGCCACCGCCGCCAAGAUGGUCAACAACUGGUCCGGCGUCUCCGCCGUCUUCCCAAUACUCGGCGCUUUCGUCGCCGACUCACUUCUCGGCCGGUUCAAAACCAUAAUAUUUUCCUCUCUUAUAUACUGCCUUGGAAUGGUGCUGCUGACGCUAUCGGCGACGGUGAUCGGAGCCCCUCACCGGAAACCCGUGUUCUUUUUUGCACUGUACAUUUUGUCGGUCGGAGAAGGCGGCCACCGUCCUUGUGUCCAGACGUUCGCCGCCGAUCAAUUCGACGAGGAGACGCCGGAGCAGAGGAAGAGGAAAAGCUCGUUCUUUAAUUGGUGGUAUGUGGGCCUUGUGGUGGGGUCCACUUUAGCUGUCUUUCUGGUUAUUUACGUUCAGGAUAAUAUCGGAUGGGGACUGAGUUUUGGAAUUCUAGCCGGAGUUUUGGCGGCGGCGUUACUACUGUUUUUGUGCGGAGUGAAGGUGUACAGGCGCCAUAUUCCGGUCGGAAGUCCGAUGACCAGAAUAGCACAGGUGGUGGUGGCGGCGGCGAGGAAGUGGCGCGUGGAUAAUACGCGCCAGGAAUGGAGAGUGUGUUACGAGGAAGAUAGUCAUGCCAAAAAUGAGGAUGAAGGUCAACACAAGCCUAUGACUUUGGAUCGCAGAAGCCAAUUCGGCAGGAUUUUGGAUAAGGCGACUUUGAUAGAUGAUGAGGACAAAGCGAGAAAGAAGCGAGACCCGUGGCGACUAAGCACGGUGGCGGAGGUGGAGGAGGUAAAGAUGUUGGGACGGUUAAUUCCGGUGUGGUUUAGUUGUUUAAUGUUUGCAGUGGUUCAAGCUCAGAUCCACACUUUCUUCACAAAGCAAGGCUCCACCAUGCUCCGCUCCAUAGGCCCCCACUUUCAGAUCCCACCGGCGUCUCUUCAAGGCGUCGUCGGCCUCACCAUCCUUCUCACCGUUCUUUUCUACGACCGAGUUUUUGUCCCCUCUGCUCGAAAGUUUACCGGCCACCACUCCGGCAUAACGGUACUACAAAGAAUAGGAAUAGGCCUAUUCAUCUCAAUCCUCAACAUGGUCGCCUCCGCUUUGGUAGAGGCCAAAAGGGUCGCUGUAGCCGCCGAACACGGCCUCAUCGACACUCCAAAAGUGACGGUUCCGAUGACAAUCUGGUGGCUAAUUCCACAAUACAUGCUUUGUGGCGUCUCCGAUGCCUUCGCCGUUGUCGGUCUCCAAGAACUUUUCUACGACCAAAUGCCCGAAUCCAUGAGGAGCAUAGGAUCUGCGGCGUACAUCAGCGUGAUCGGAAUCGGGAACUUUCUGAGCACCGCCAUCAUCUCGGCAGUCCAGGCGGCGAGCCGCCACAAAUGGCUGGUGGACAAUCUGAACCGUUCAAAACUGCAGUACUUCUACUGGGUUUUGGCUGGUUUGAGCGGUUUGAAUUUGUGUUGCUACAUUUGGGUUGCCAAUGGUUAUGUGUAUAAGAGAGUUGGAGGGAAAGAUGGUGAAGAUCAUGGGAAGAACAGCAACAAAGGAGGCUAUGGAGAUGACAUCAUUUGAAGAUUAAUCAUUAUCAUAUGAUUAGAGGGAGAACAUAUAAUUAUGAGAUUAAUCUCUCUAAUCAUCAUUUAAUGUUGUUGUUGUUUU